UUAUUUUAAUUUCCGUUUAGGCAGUUCCUGUACAUCAGGCUCAUAACCAGAUUUGUGACAUUCAUCCCAUUACUGUAAAAAUCUGUAGGCCUAUAAAUACUGUUUGGGAAAGAGGCUACUGUAUGCAGUCAGGAUAGGAUAUUCAACAUCUGACAGAAGGACCUGUGCUGGUGGACAGUCAUGAUGUCCCUGAUGGUAGUGGCUGUAUUUUUCACCUUUCAGCCCCCCUGGGCAACAGCUUUCAAACCCUUAUCUUCUGAGGGCUCCCUCACCCAUCGACAAAUCACUGAGAUGGCCAUUCUCCGCAAGACUGCAGAAGUGUGCCGUGACGUAGCCAUUGCUGAGGGGCAAGACUUCAAGCUAACUAUCGACAACACCCUGACUGUAUUUGCUGUCCAGCAAGCCUGCUCAAGAUUACAUUCUGUCCACUCCACACGUGGCUUCCAAUCAGCUAUUUCCAGUACUUAUUAUUCUAAUGCUGCUGUGGACGUAGAUCAAAUCGAUCCUGAACGGCACUGUGAUGCUGAAAAAAUCAGGGAAGCACAGCAGCUUAUUACUGAUGGCAUGAAAUCAGUCAAAACCAACAUAGAUGAGGAAAGCUAUGUUUUCGCUCGCAUCCGUUUGGGGAUAAUAUGUCAUACUUUACAGGAUUUCUACAGCCACAGCAACUGGGUGGAACUGGAUAAAAGUGUUCCUUUUAGCAAACUCAUCAACAGGGACGCAAUAAUUGACAACAUAGCAGAUAUCAACACAAAAACAUGCAGAAACUGCAUCGGAGAUAAAUGCAGUGAUAAUAUUCUCCCAGAAUUAAAAGAGAAGAACCUCAUAACCUCAGGAUAUUUCGGUCUGUUUUCAUCAUCCAAACCUAACGGCAAGUGUAGCCAUGGUGGCAAAAGUGACGCGACCAGUUUUAACGAACCUACUGGAGGUAUCAAUAAAGAUGAGAUCACCUCAAGUCAUGGCAUCUAUCACAAGCGUGCUGCAGAUCUGGCCAUCAGUGCUACCAUGGAAUUGCUGGAAGACAUUCGACUGGCCAAAGGCAACCAGGCCUUUCUUCAAUUGGUGGGGAUGAACAAGACGUCAGUUCUGGCUUUUGUUAUUGACACCACAGGCAGUAUGUCUGAUGACAUCGAAGAGGCAAAGAGAGUGUCCUUUAACAUUAUUGACAGCAGGAUAGCAUCAGCAGAGAAACCGUCAGAAUAUAUCCUAGUUCCAUUUAAUGACCCAGAUUUCGGACCACUAAUAAGGACUCGGAAUGCAGAGCUUUUCAAAGAAGCAAUCAGUUUGCUCACAGCCCAUGACGGAGGAGAUGAACCAGAAAUGUGCUUAUCGGGACUCCAGCUGGCACUGGCCGGAGCUCCUCCAUCUUCAGACAUUUAUGUGUUUACUGAUGCUGGAGCCAAAGACUUUGAAUUAGAAAGCACAAUUCGAGCCAUGAUAGAAAACACCAAGUCAAGAGUAAAUUUUCUGCUGACAAAAACCUUUUCAUUCCGCAAAAAAAGAGAUGUCUCACAAUCUCAGCGUUCCUCAACAAGAAUGUCUCAACCACAAGUACAGCUGUACAGAGACUUGGCAGAUGUUUCUGGUGGACAGGCAAUAGAGGUCACUAAGAGUACACUGUCUCAGGCCACAGCAGUCAUUACUGAUUCAUCUGCAUCUGCUCUGGUGACUGUCCUUCAGGUAGUGAGAAAUCCAGCCAAGGCAGAAAACUUUUCUUUUGUGUUGGAUUCAUCUCUGUCCAAUGUGACUCUGUAUAUCACAGGGGUCUCUCCAGUCUUUACCCUCUACAACCCAACAGGUGAGUCUCAGUCAGAAUCAGUGACAGAUGGUCCUCUAGGUAGUAUUCAGACUGUGGGGAAUCUAUGGAGAAUUAAACUCAACUCAGAGAAUCAGACCGGGGUAUGGAGCAUCAGUAUAAACUCCACAAGGUCCUACACCAUUAAAAUCAUUGGUCAGAGUUCUUUUGAUUUUCUCUUUAACUUUCUGGGAUCUGAAGGACUUCAAGGGGACUUUGUGCCAAAAGACAAUCGCCCUAUUAGUGGUGGAAAUGGCACCUUGUUUCUUUCUGUGACUGGAGGUGAAUUGAUCACAGUCACUGACGUACUUCUAGUUGAAGCUUCAGGGUCGAAUACUGUUAAUGGAACCAUACAAUCAUUGGGUGGAUCAGACUACCUGAUACACUUACAAAGAAUCCCAGAAUGGCCAUUUGUAGUCCAAUUGAAAGGUCUGUUGAAUGGCCUAACUCGAUCCUCUCUUGGCCAAUUCCAGAGACAGUCCCCCACUCAACAAAGAGCCUCUAGCAUAAAAAUUACGGCCGAAUCACAAAGCACUUUACAGGCUGGAAUCCCUCUGAAUGUCAACUUUACAUUAACCAGUAAUGGAAGUGCAGGCAUCUACACCAUUCGUGCCAGGAAUGACCGUGGUUUCAACGUCUCUGUCCCCAGUUCCCUGAGUGUGGAGGAAGGAGGAAGCAUUCAGGGAACUGCAACGCUGACCCCUCCCUUCAACACAGUGUCUGGGACUGAUGUCACUCUCAUCAUUGAAGCACAAGCUCCAGGGUCCACCGACCUGAAUUAUGUGACACUGCGACUCACUGUCAUGGCUGAGAUAUCUGAUGUCUCUAAACCUGUGUGUAAAAUAGGGAGCAUUAAAGCUGACUGCCCUGUGGUGUGCAGCAAUGCUUCAUGGGAACUCUCUGCAAACCUGACAGAUGGUAAUGGUACAGGCAUAGCCAAAGUAUUCAUAAACAUCGGCAACGGCUCUCUCAGUACAAGUCAACUAAUAAGUGAGGAUGGCACUAAUGUUACCGUAGCUUUCUACAAUGCCUCCUGCUGUUCUCAGGAGGUGCAGGUAGUGGCUGUGGAUGGGGUGGGAAAUGUGGGUACAUGUUUCACUUCUAUUAAGAAGAUAUCUGUAAAUCCAACCACAGCAAUACCCACCACAAAUACCACUCUAAUGCCUGCCACAAACACUACAGUAAAGCCCUCAGUGGCCGCCACAUCUAGCGGAGGUUUUGUGUCAUUUUCUAAGUAUAUUUUGCUUUUCACCUUAGUUGUUUUCUUUAUAUAGUAAAGGGAAACUAAAAGCCUAUACUGGACACUAAAGUUUUUCUCAGUCGCUUUGGUACAUUUCUCAGAUCAGAAUUGAAAUUUUCAAAACUACCUGUUCAAUUUUCACAUUGUGUCACUUCUGCACAUCAAUAUAGCAGUAUCUCCUUUCUUUGAAGAAUUUGCAUCCAUGCAAAUGAUUAUGUACAAUUCUCUGCUGUUUCCUACAUUAUUAAUUGCUUAUGUCAUGUUGAUCAAAAUGUGUUAAAAUGGGUCUCUGUUGAAUAGUCUCACCCCUCACAACAUUUAGGCAUAAGUUCAUAGCAUAAGUCUUUACAUGCAAAAAAGUUAAAUAAGUUGUCAUAAUAUGUCAAGCACAUUUCUGUACAUUUCCAUUAGACUUGACAUUGACAUGUUUAUUGACACAGAUAUUUACUUUUGAGAGAAGAACGAAUAAUUUUGACCAAGAGACUUGUUUUGCUAUUUGUACGAAUUGUUUUGAGAAAUGCACUCACUGUUUUGCAAAUGAAAUGUACCAGAGUGACUGAGAAAAACUGUAAGAUACAAUAUUAUUGUUAACAUGCUGAGUAAACAUACUGUAGAUGUUUUUUCCUUCAGACUGUCAAUCUGUCGUGAUUAAAUGUAAGAGCACUGCCUGUAAUGACUUUAAUGUAAUUCUGUGUAUGAAAUUUUACCCAUGCAUCUAAAUGUACAAUAAUCACAGAUUUUUCUUUUGUGAUUAUUCAGAUAAAAAGUGUCUCUAUUUUUGUCUAAUGAAUAUGUUUAAAUUAAAAAAAAAAAUGUAUGUAGAGUACAAUCAGUAGAAUAAAAGUAUGAUAACAAUGAUUAAUAAAUGUAUUGAUCAGGUAUAACGCCUGCUUGUUCAUUUGUGAAAAUGUUGUCAUAUAAACACCCCUAGAAUGUCCUAGAUUUUUAUUAAAUAUACACUAUCCUUUAGGUCAAAUAUA